ACAAAAUCUAAUUUAGAAUAAGGCUGUAACGUAGCAAAAAGUGAAGGGGUCUGAACUUUCUGAAUGCACUGUACAUAGCAAAUAUUUGGAAUGUAAAUUUUAACAAUGCUAGUGAAAUAGGAACUAUGCACUGUACAUUUUUCAGUUCUGAGAAGCUCUGCAUACUGUCUAUAUUACGUUAGUUCUGAGAAGCAUAACAAAACAUCACUUAACACCCACAUCUGUCUGAAAUAUGUACUGGCUAGAAUGGAAGUUGUGACUUUCUCAACUCACUCUGAAAUCCCUAUUGCCCCUUCUCUUUAUUUAGAUAUCUACUCCAUGUACUUCACAGCCUGAAGUGAGUCUGUGGUAACAGCAGAUGACCUUAAGCAGAGGGAUCUGCGGUCUUAAAGAGGAUUGGUCAGUCAGAGGGCUGCUAUGCCCAACCCUCCGCUCAGACCAGCCAAUAGUAUACAGACCCUACAGGAAGGUAGGAUGAGAUUAAGUAUCAAAACAGAAACAGUGUCUGUUCCUUUGAAGGGUUGCCCUGCAGGACAUCUAAUAAGAAACUGUUUCAGGAUAGAGAUCAAAACAUUAAAGGAAGAAAGCGGAGGAUAACAGGAGAAGAGUUGCCCCAGGGACCAAAUGAUUCUGAUUUCUAAGCCUAAGCCAAUACAGGCCCAGCUCCUAGCCCACUGUUGGUUGUCUUUGUCCCCAACCAACUACAUCCAAGCUAAAGAUGGGUCGGUUCCUCAACAUAAACCUGUGUGUGAGUCACCUGGGAGGGAGGACGUUAAGACUGUUCUGCAAGCUCAGGUACCUCAUAACCAUCCUUAGAACCUUCCCUCACCUGGCCAAGACACCCCUAGCCUUGGACUUCCGUAGCUGCUCCUUGCCUUCCUCUCCCCUGCCUCCCAGCUUUGCCAGGAAAGGAGCCCCCAAGAGCUUGAGGUUCAACAACAUGAGCUUGACCGCUGAGUACCUCCUUGGGGGUGGUACCAGAGGGGUGAGAUACUCCCAGGCGGCCCGUGUCUACUCAACCUCUAGUAGGGAUGUGUUGAAGGCUGAGGCCCCCAUCGGGGUCCUUCAUGAGGACAGCCUUCAGGAGGACAGCCAGACACCCUUUCAGUUGAGCAUGCUUUGUCUGGGUGAUUCUUUUAAUCGCCUCUCCAGACACAUCAAUAUUUACUUCAAGAGAAAGGAUGUGACCCAGCUGUCCUCUGUUGCUGGGAAUGUGGGGUUUGUCGUCACAACUCAGGAGAGUCUGGGCAGCAGGCCACAGAGGCGUAGUCAAAGUAACAGGGCAGCCAGGGAGGACAGUGAGACAACAACACAGCAGCCUUUGGAAAAUGAAAACGAUCUUGAGACGUCAGACAGCAAGACAGAGACAAGCUCCGCCCCCCAGCGAUAUGGUGGACUGCAGUUAUUUCACAUCAGUUCCAUUGCCUCCAGGUUUGGGGAAAGUUACAGUUAUGUUGCUCAUCACAUAAACUCAUCACAUGAACACCUAAAGUCAGUGUUCACCAAAGGUUCGGCACAGGACGUCCUAGGUUCGACUCUGGAAGAGACUCUGGAGGAUCUGGCUUCAAGCAGAGUGUCGACCAGGAGGAUGAGGAGGAGGAAACCACUAAAAAUCAGUUACAUUGAAAGUGUAAAGGAAACUGAAACGGCUCAUUUAAAGACUAGUGCAGCUGUAGCUCAGACCACAGCCAUUCAGAAACCAGCCAUUGAACGUGCAGAUAUCUCCAACAGCUGGGAGGGAGAGGCAGAGGGCUACCUACACUUUGCCCAGCACGUCAACAGAUACUUUGGAGCCAAAACCGUUACAGACGAAACUGAACUACCACCACCUCAAACAGAACAUCUGGUUGCGGACCACAUGCCAAACAGCAGGACGUAUCAACAGCAGUGUUCUAAAUCUUCUACCUCCAGACAUGAACAAUCAGCCACAGGGCUAAAGCAGGAAGAUCCACCCAUCCGUCCCAAAUCCCUUUUCCACAUCAGUAACAUCACAACCAGUUUCGGUGAGAACUAUGCAUACAUGGCUAAUUACGUCAACAGCUAUUUCAAAGGCAGCUAUGAUGCCGUGGAGGAGGAGGAGUUAGAAAGAGGUCCCAUCGAGGAACGCAGGGGAGAAUGGGAGAUGGAGUAUGGAUCCGUUAGGGUCCCGAAACCACAGCCUGCUGUAUCCUUCAUGGAGUGCCUUCUCAAUCCCAGUAGUGCCAUCUCCAGCCUCCUGGGGGGGUAUCUGGGGGGCUCCUGGGCUCAGAGCAACCAGGCCCAUCCUGCCUCUAUGCUCAGUGAGGCCACACUUAGAAGAAUGGUGAUGGGCAGGAGACAGGCAGAGGAGAUGACCCGUGCUUUGGUGUCCAGUCUACAACAGGCCUUCUCUCCUGAGGCCAUCACCGAAGUUGUCGAUGAGCUCAACACACACCUUAUCCGACACCCAGGAUGCAAAGCAGUGGUCUGGCAGGAGAAAGCUGCUGUUCAGCUCUUAAGACAGCGGCGUAGCCAUAGAGAAGACCAGGAACUUCAGUGUGUCAUUAGGGAAACCUUGGCUCUGAUUGGCUAUGUGGAUCCAGUCAAAGGUCGUGGAAUCCGAGUGCUCUCAAUCGAUGGUGGUGGCACAAGAGGGGUGGUGCCACUGCAGGUCCUCAAGCAGCUGGAAGCGGAAACAGGCAAGCAGGUUCACCAGCUGUUUGACUACAUCUGUGGAGUGAGCACAGGGGCAGUGUUGGCCUUCAUGCUUGGCCUGGCCCGUUUCUCUCUAGAGGAGUGUGCAGAUAUGUACCGUCGUUUUGGCUCGGAUGUGUUCUGUCAGAACCCCUUGGUGGGCACAGUGAAGAUGGGCUGGAGUCACUCCUACUACAGCACCGAGACCUGGGAGAUGAUACUGAGAGAGAAGAUGGGCGACCAAGUUCUGAUUAAAACAGCCAGGGAUGAGUUGAGCCCCAAGGUGUCAGCGGUGAGCGCCGUGGUGAACUGGGGGACCAGUCCCAAGGCCUUUAUCUUCAGGAACUACAACCACAGCCCAGGCCGUCUCAGCCGCUACGCAGGGGGGUCUGGGUACCAGAUGUGGCAGGCGGUGAGAGCGUCGUCCGCUGCCCCGGGAUACUUCCAGGAAUUCCCCUUACACAGUGACAUCCAUCAGGAUGGUGGCCUCAUUUUAAACAACCCUUGUGCCCUCGCCGUCCACGAGAGCCGUCUCCUGUGGCCCAACCAGCCUUACCAGUGUGUCCUGUCGCUCGGCACCGGUCGCUAUGACAAUGCUAAGCGGAGCCCGGGCACCUCCACCAGCCUGCGUGCCAAGAUCAACCACCUGAUCUGCAGUGCCACCGACACAGAGGGGGUCCACACCCUCCUGGACGACUUGUUGGCCCCAAACGUCUACUUCAGGUUCAACCCCAUGCUGAGUGCCGAGGUAUCCCUGGAUGAGAGCAGCGUCAGGGCCAUGGAGCAGCUGCAGGCUGACACCCAGGUCUACCUGGACAGGAACAAGCCCAAGAUGGCCAGGCUGUGUAAGGUGCUGGGGCAGGAGCGCACUGCGCUGAGCCACACCAAGGACUGGGUCAGUGAGAGAGCCUGGGAGAUGCAGCAGAGCUGGGUUUGAGGGUCCUAGGUCACAGGUC